UUGUAGUUAUUCUAAAAUCAAGUGAGUUUUGUUAUUGCAGCUUGGAGUACUGGUCAUUUAUGGUUUUGAUUGUAUUUGCGGGAGUACUUAAAAAUGCUGAAGUUAAAAUUGAUGCUGCUUCCAUCUGUAUGAAUGUUGAAGGAUGGAUAUUUAUGGUACCACUUGGUUAUAUUGCUGCUGUCAGUGUAAGGGUCUCAAAUGAAUUGGGAGCAGGAAAUCCAGCUGCUGCAAGAUUUUCUGUUUGGGUUACAGUCUCAAUUGCUCUAGUCACACAGAUUGCUUUGCUAUCCUAA